AGUCAGAUUCCAUGGUCAACCAAAAGCCAUUAAGGGGUCUUAAAAUAGUGUCUGUUGUCCGAAUGACGUCAGCAGCUUCUGCGAGAUGAAAAGUAAUUUAAAAUUGCUCAUUUGGCAGUCAUUUGGUUAGUGUCGAAAAGUCAAGCCCUGCUGCGUUUUGAUCUUGGUAAAACGAACAGGUCCGCAAGAAAAACUGUUCGAAGAUGCAACAAGCAAAGAUAUUUCUCUUUUGUGUAUGUUGGCUUCAUGUUCGAGCAGAAACAGUGUCAACUAAGUAUGGAGAUAUCGAGGGUCUCGUGGCUUCGUAUCCGAAUGCCUCUGGCCCGUUCAAGUCCGUCAGCACGUUUCUUGGCGUUCCGUUUGCCGCUCCACCAAUUGAAGAUCUAAGGUUUAAAGCCCCCAAACCGCCAAAAGCGUGGAAACCAACGGUUUUUUCGGCUAAAACACACAAGGCCAUCUGUUUACAGUUAAAAGACCCUAGUCUUGAAAUCCUUAUCAAGUCAGUAACUCCAAAUUUCACCUACAGCGAGGAUUGCUUGUAUCUCAACAUCUUCAGCCCGAACACCAGCCUCAGUUUGCCAGUGAUGGUUUACAUUCACGGUGGAGGUUACGCCGUAGGAACAGCGAUCACUUCUCCCAGCGAUAUUUUGGCUCUCCAGGGGGUGGUGGUAGUCAUAGUCCAGUAUCGUCUAGGUCCCUUUGGUUUCUUGACGACCGGUGACUCAGCGGCGCCUGGUAACUAUGGGAUGUUAGAUCAAGUGGAAGCACUGAAGUGGGUGAAAGAAAACAUUGAGAAUUUUGGCGGGAAUCCCAGCAAAGUGACCAUAUUUGGAGAGAGUGCUGGAGGAACUAGCGUGGGCCUCCAUCUUCUUUCGCCUCUAUCAAGUGAUCUCUUUCAUCAAGCCAUUCCAGAGAGCGGUGUAGAUUUAAGUCCCUUUGCGAUUCAGCCAACGUCUUUUGGUCUCCGUUUCACAAAAGAGCUUUCACAAAAACUGAAUUGUGGUUCCAGUGACCAUUCUGCAAUGGUUUCUUGUAUGCGCAGCAAAACAGCGUCAGACAUGCAAAAAGCCGCCGAGUCAAUCAAGUUUAGUGUCAUUAAUUAUAUCAACUGGGCACCAGUCGUAGAUAAAAACUUUCUUCAUGAUACACCCCAAGUUUUGAGGAAAAAAGGAGAAUUCAAGCAAGUGCCGCUUAUCAUCACCUUCACAAGUCACGAGGGGGCGAGUUUUCUCGGAAACAUGGUCAACAAUUCGUUUGGGCUGAUGGAGAACGUGGACAAUGGAGUCAGUCCGACUUUGUUCAAAUCAUUUCUAACCAAGUUUGCUCAAGCUCAAGACAGUAGGUAAGUUCCGUUAAGAUUUUACGAAUGUUUGCUCAGUAGCUUUAAUAGAUGUAGUGACACUUUUGGAGCUUAUUCGUUGGCUCAUAAAUGGAAUGCAAAAGCGUCUUUCUUUUCCAUUUUUAAAUAAAGUGUUAAUACAUAACUGCAGCCUGUUAUUACGAUUCCACUCACGUUUAACGCGAGCUUACAGGAUCGUAGCCAGCAAAAAAAUUAUGACUGAGGCAAUGACCGUGACCUACAUAUUUGGGGUGUUACUCAUCCUUUAUUCGACAAUAAAAUGUCCUUUUAUAGACCCAAAGCCCAUUCUGAUCUAGUCUAUAUCUUUGAUAUGAAAACGCUUUUUUUGUAGGGUUGUGGUGUUGGUGGGAGGGUUAUUUAAAGAUUAGGUUUGGUGUUCUAGGUUCUUGUAUGCGGAUUUUUAUAAAAACAGUUUGUUUCUCCAUAUCACUACAGUGCCAAAUUGGGAUGAUUUUGUGCACGUUAGCACUGACCCCACUGUACUGAUCCCAGUGCUGUGGAACUUCGCGUGGCUCCACGGGGACUUUGCUUGUACAUUAGGCUGCUGCAAGACAAUUGGGCCUUUUUUGGAGCCCAUAGACACACGGUACCAGAGGCCCGUUUUUAGAAAGUCCCGUCAUUUUUAAUGGUCCCGGAAAGAAGUCGUUGUUUACCUUAAAUUUAAGAUAGAGGUUUCGGAGGUUGCGAUAGUUUUGCUGAUAAUAUUGUAAAACCAACAGUUAACAAAACAAAAUGGAGCCUUGUUUUUCUUUGGUGAUCUGAAUAUUUGUUUUCGGGCUCGUAAAUUAACCGGAACUUUCGUGAAAAUGGCCUCAGGUCUUUAACCUCUGCAAAGCGAUUACAGUCAAGGCCGGUCAAGCGUACCCCACAAGAUUCUAGUAAUGAAUUUAUUUUUUGAAAAAUGAAUGCGUUAGUCGUUCCCGAAACUAGUGUCAAAUUCAAGUCGGCAUUCCUGCACGAGUAAUGAGCAGUGAAUAUUUUACGAGAACUUCUCUGUAUUUGGUCAGAUUGAAAAUCUUUGAAUGGAUGAAAUUUCUUGGAAGACAUUUACAUCAAAUUCAGGGAAACUGAGCUGGUAGAAAUUUCGUAACUGAAUCGCGUGUGAAUUCACGGCUCAUUUUGCAUGCAAGAAUGCAUAGACGAACUUGAAAACUACAACUACCAACAGGAUCUUGGGGGGUACGCUUGACCUGGCUUGACUGUAAUAACUACAUCUUAAUGGAAGAGUUAACAACAGCCGAAAGACAGUGGAGAUGUUGGGGUACAGCACCCUGCCAUGCAGCAGAGCCUUUUCUUUGGUCGCUAGAUUUUGACUUGCUCGGAUCCAGGGAAACUCUGCUGCAUGUAUCGAAUAAGAUCUUUGUUGAGCAUGCGCGGUAUGUUGCUAAGAAGCUCUAAGAUAUGGUUUCGGACCUGGGGCCUAUUUCUCGAAAGUCUCCAUAACUUUUCGGGCUCGGAAAGCUGUUUUGUGUUUGUUGUGUUUGCAUUCAAGAUCAAAGUUUCAAUAAUUUUGAAAAUAAUACAAUGAACCUAUUAGUUAACGAAGAAAAAUUGACUGGAGCGUGGGCUAGGAACUGUGAUACUAUUCAACAGGUUUUGAUUUUAAAAUUUGCCUUCGGCAGGGGCGGAUCCAGGAUUUUUUUUAGGAGGGGGUGCACUCGUCUCUUGCUCUACUUCAACACCAAUAAACCACAGAGUUUUUUUUUUUUGCAGAAUACCAAUUGUAUUAGAAAACCGCAGGUCAUCUCAGGGGAGGGUGCGCACCCCCUGCACCCUCCCCCUAGAUCUGCCCCUGUUCGGGCUCGAAAAGUUUCCGGGUCUUUCGAGAAACGGACCCUUGGGCGCUUGCUACAGCGGGCUCGUUAAUGACCAUCAGUUCAAUCAAUAAUAAUAUACAAGUAAUCACAUAAUUUUUCUCGUGCAAUUUGGAGUAAAUAAGUACUUUCAAAGAUCACAAAGUGCAUAUUUAUUCCAAAUUGCACUCGAAAUCAUGUGAUUACCUAUACUAAACGGAUACUCGCUCUUGAAAAAAACAGUUUGAGGAGGGAAAGCAAAAUCAGUGACUAGCCCAGAAGUUCGGGCUGCGGCAACCUCUAAGGCUUAAUGUCAUUCAGAUCCAACCUUCUUUUCUCCUCCUCAGUCAAAAUUAAGGAGGAUCAGCUAUAUGUAGCUUCUGCUCGCAAGGUGCUGUAGAGACGCUUGUCUCCACAGGCCACCAACAAUUCACAUUUAUUUAUUUGUUUGCUUGUUCUUUAAUUGCAAGCAGUGUUUUGCUUUCCCCUUUAAAAUAAAACGAGUGAGGCAAGUACCUCGGAUUGCUUUAAACUGGGCACGGCUAUGGCCUUUGCAAUAAUCGUUUUUAUCCGUCACUUUUUUUUUCAGAAACAAGACUGCUCAUAUCAUCGCAGAUGCGUUGGAGUUCAUGUACACCCCUUGGCCUGACAAAAGUAAUAAAUACGCAUUAAGAAGCCAACUUGUUGAUCUUCUUGGAGAUUACGUAUUUUUUGCUCCCACUCACGAGGUUGCUGAUGUUCACAGUCAGGUCGCUCCUGUUUACAUGUAUGAAUUUGCUCAACGGGCAAAGUUUAGUUUUGCGGAUGCAGAGUGGAUGGGCGUUGUUCAUGGUGAAAAUGUUCCCUUUGAUUUCGGAGUUCCUUUUUUUCCAAUAUUUUUUCCAUUAUAUAGUCCCGGUGACAGAAUUGUCAGUUUGUUUAUUAUGACCAUGUACGCAAACUUUGCCCGGUCCGGCGAUCCUUCAGUCAGUGGUGUCGCGUGGGAGAAAUACAACACGACUCACAGAGCUUACCUUAAAGUGGACACAAGUCCCGAGUUGAAGGCGUCAUUUAACCCUCGCAGAAUGUCUUUCUGGAAUGAUUACUAUCCUAAAUUGGUGCAGCAGAAGUUCGAUGCCAAUAAAGAAGUGGUCAACGGCGCAAAGGCUAUUGUUACCAUGGGGAUGAUCGGAACUGCUUUUCAAGUUGUAUUUUCAAUGAUGGUUUUUAUGUUUUACUGAGACCUUGCUUUACGCCAUGUCCUCAUUUAUUCAAACUAGUGAAUUAGGUUUCUUUCCCAAUGUUAUUGUGAGCGGGAAGGUAUAGCAUGAUGUAACUAAUAAUAUUUUUUUUCUGAGUGGUUAUUGCUGAUUAUUCUAUAUCGAGUUCUACGUUUUGGUAGCUUUCUAUUUGUAUUUGCUCUAAAGUAGCCAAACCUCCCCUUCCACAACUGGGAGGUGGGGGGAAGGUGUCUCCAAGGAAAUCUGUGGUACAGUCCGCCUGCAAUUAUGACGUCACGUCUCGCCUCAGUAACUUUCAAAAUGGCGAGCAAAGUGUUCAUCGAAGAGACGGAUAAAAAUUUAGAUUUUAUCACGGAAAUACUGUUCCGAUUUCUUGGAUUUGGAGAUCUUAAGGUUUCUAUUGUCAUAGAAAACUAGAAUUAAGUGCUUUUUUUGGAAUCAAAUGUCCAAUGUGGUGUAAUGAAUUUUAAAGAUUCCUUUCUAUCGUCGAGAAAAUUUUACGGGCAAUUACACCGACCGGUCAUACUUUUGAGGGCCAGUGCACAGCUAGAUUGAGGAGUUUAGACACAGCAAUAGUAGGUUCAUCAAAGGAUGUAUUACACUUUACAUUGUGCGUAUUUUCAGCUCUUCAGAGCUAGUGGAACCCUAUAUCAUUCCUCUCAAAGUUCGUUUAGCUGUAGCGUUGAAAGAGGACGCUAAAUGACAGGUAUUUGUGAGAGACUGUGAGCAUUGAAUCUUGUUGCUUUACCGCAUUUUAUUACCGCAUUGGGCAUACACCUGUAAUUCUGUAAUUAAAUCCCGAAAACCAAUAAAAGGUUUCGUUUAAUUAGUUUUUGGGGAAAACUGACCCAGUGGAGAUUUUAGGGUAAUAAUACUGAUUGAUGAUGACGAUGUACAAAGGCACUGGUUUAACUUUCGCCAGUGGGUCACUUGUGGGUGUUGGGUGUAAAUUAGUACAGUUUGUGGUGUACUGUGUGUUGUUUGUCAUGAUGUAAACUAACAUUAAAAAAAAUUCAGCUGUUUCAGAGGAGGGACCUGUCUUGAUAGCU